AUGGAUCACGUCCAUCGCUUCCUCCAAGUAAACGUAAACCACUCCGCUAGGGCGCAGGAUCUCCUCGUCCACAUCAUGGCGGAGUGGUUCAUCGAAAUCGCGAUCGUUGCGGAGCCAUACUUCGUACCUCCCGACAGGGAGGAUUCAUGGGCCGGAGAUUUUGAUGGCUCCGUGGCGAUCGUGAUGCGACAGUCAGCGGCGUUACCCCCCCUUGGAAUGGUGGCCAGGGGAUCCGGGUACAUCGUAGUUAGGGUCAACGAAACUGUCGUGAUCGGGGUGUACUUCUCUCCGAACAGGAGUCUCGCUGAGUUCGAACGGUUCCUGCGUGGGCUCGAGGCGUUGGUUCAUCGCUUCGAGUCUCGCCCGGUGAUACUGGCGGGGGACCUCAACGCUAAAUGUACGGCGUGGGGCUCCCCCCGCACGGACUCGCGCGGCGAGUUCCUGUCGGAGUGGGCUUUCGCGACCGGCCUCUGUCUUCUGAACAGAGGUUCGGUCGCAACCUGCGUGCGGUGGAACGGGGAAUCACACAUGGACGUGUCGUUCGCGUCUCCAUCUGCCGCACGCCGUGUCCGUGGCUGGCGUGUUCUCGAGGGGGCGGAGACGCUCUCGGACCAUUUGAGGUCGUCGUUCGUCCGAUUUGAGCUCUCCGUUUCCACUUCGUUGAAUGCGCCGGCCGAAGACGCCCGUGGCGAGCACGAUGGGCACUGA